AUGGUGGCUCACAACGUCAAACUGAUCAUCCUCCUCGUACUAGUCUCCCUGUUUCCACACAUCAUCUUCCCCGCAACCACCACGUCAGCAAAAGAAUACGACACGAAGGCCUACGUGGACUCAUGGUGCCGGACAACCUUAUACCCGAAAUUGUGCGUCCGGUCGCUGUCUCGUUACGUGCAUUCACGGGCGAUGCAAAAUCCACGGGACCUGGCCCGAUUCGCGCUCAAAGCGAGCCUCUACCGAGCCAAGUACACAAAGGCAUUCUUGUUAAUAGAGGUAAAGAACCUGGAGAUCACGUUGCGGCCUCAAUACUACGCAUUGGUCCACGACUGCUUGACCCAGAUCAGAGACAGCGUGAACCAGCUGAGCCAAGCCAUAGCGGAGCUGGACAGGGUGAGCAGGAGAGGCGGAAAGAGCCAAGGGGCUCUGGACUGGCACAUAAACAACCUGCAGACGUGGACAAGCACAGCUCUGACAGACGCGGAGACUUGCGUGAGUCAGUUUCCGGGGCGGAGGAUGAGCAAAGUGAAGGCUACGAUCAAAGGGAAGGUGAAGAAUGUGGAGGAAAGCACUAGCAAUGCCCUCGCCUUCAUCCACCACUACGCUGCUGCUAGAUACAGAGCCAGACGCCCCUGA